CUUAGGCACCGGCGGGGCCGGCGGUUCCAGGGCGGGCACUCCCAGCCUCCUGGGGAGUGGGCGAGGGUCCGAGGCCCACUCUCCCCUCGCGCUCUCAUCCGCACGCCCCCAGGUCGGGAGGACGGCGGCGCGCAACUUUGAAUCAUCCGUGUGGCGAGGGUUGCAGCUUCCCCGGUCCCUAAUUAAGGGGCGGUUCCCGGACCCCUCUUGGCAUUAGAGACGAGCCGCGCCGAUGCCCUCGCGCUCCGCGCCUCCCCUCCCCGGAUUUUAACACCACACUCUCCUCUGCCGACCAGGUGACCUUUGGCUCUGAGCCGGAUCAGAGAAGAAUUCGGUGUCCGCGCGGGACGAUGCCUGAGCAGGAGAGACAGAUCACUGCCAGAGAGGGGGCCAGUCGGAAAAUCUUAUCGAAGCUUUCUUUGCCUACCCGUGCCUGGGGACCAGCAAUGAAGAAGAGUUUUGCUUUUGACAAUGUUGGCUACGAAGGUGGUCUGGAUGGCCUGGGCCCUUCUUCUCAGGUGGACACCAGCACAAUCAGGAUCUUGGGCAUGACUUGCCAGUCAUGUGUGAAGUCCAUUGAGGACAGAAUUUCCAGUUUGAAAGGCAUUGUGAGCAUGAAGGUUUCCCUGGAACAAGGCAGUGCCACUGUGAAAUAUGUGCCAUCAGUUGUGAGCCUGCAACAGGUUUGCCAUCAAAUUGGGGACAUGGGCUUUGAGGCCAGCAUUGCAGAAGGAAAGGCAGCCUCCUGGCCCUCAAGGUCCUUGCCUGCCCAGGAGGCUGUGGUCAAGCUCCGGGUGGAGGGCAUGACCUGCCAGUCCUGUGUCGGCUCCAUUGAAGGCAAGGUCCGGAAACUGCAAGGAGUAGUGAGAGUCAAAGUCUCACUCAGCAACCAAGAGGCUGUCAUCACUUAUCAGCCUUAUCUCAUUCAGCCUGAAGACCUCAGGGACCAUGUAAAUGACAUGGGAUUUGAAGCUGCCAUCAAGAACAAAGUGGCUCCCUUAAGCCUGGGACCAAUUGAUAUUGAGCGGUUAGAAAGCACUAACCCAAAGAGACCUUUAUCUUCUGCUAACCAGAAUUUUAAUAAUUCUGAGACCUUGGGACACCAAGGAAGGAAUGUGGUCACCCUCCAACUGAGAAUAGAUGGAAUGCACUGUAAGUCUUGUGUCUUGAAUAUUGAAGAAAAUAUUGGCCAACUCCUAGGGGUUCAAAGUAUUAAAGUGUCCUUGGAGAACAAAACUGCCCAAGUACAGUAUGACCCUUCUCGUACCAGCCCAGUGGCUCUGCAGACGGCUAUCGAGGCACUUCCACCUGGGAACUUUAAAGUUUCUCUUCCUGAUAGAGCCGAAGGGAGUGGGACAGAUCACAGGUCUUCCAGUUCUCAUUCCCCUGGCUCCUCCCCAAGAAACCAGGUGCAGAGCACAUGCAGUACCACUCUGAUUGCCAUUGCCGGCAUGACCUGUGCAUCCUGUGUCCAUACCAUUGAAGGCAUGAUCUCCCAACUGGAAGGGGUGCAGCAAAUAUCGGUGUCUUUGGCCGAAGGGAUUGGAACAGUUCUUUAUAAUCCCUCUGUAAUUAGCCCAGAAGAACUCAGAGCUGCUAUAGAAGACAUGGGAUUUGAGGCUUCAGUCGUUUCUGAAAACUGUUCUACUAGCCCUCUUGGAAACCACAGUGCUGGGAAUUCCAUGGUGCAAACUACAGGUGGUACACCUACAUCUGUGCAGGAAGUGGCUCUCCACGCUGGGAGUCUCCCUACAAACCAUCUCCCGGACAUCUGGGCAAAGUCCCCACAAUCAACCAGAGCAGUGGCACCGCAGAAGUGCUUCUUACAGAUCAAAGGCAUGACUUGUGCGUCCUGUGUGUCCAACAUAGAAAGGAAUCUGCAGAAGGAAGCUGGUGUUCUCUCCGUGUUGGUUGCCUUGAUGGCAGGAAAGGCAGAGGUCAAAUAUGACCCGGAGGUCAUUCAGCCGCUCGAGAUAGCUCAGUUGAUCCAGGACCUGGGCUUUGAGGCAGCAGUCAUGGAGGACUCCGCAGGCUCCGAUGGCAACAUUGAGCUGACAAUCACAGGGAUGACCUGCGCGUCCUGUGUCCACAACAUAGAGUCCAAACUCACGAGGACGAAUGGCAUCACUUAUGCCUCCGUUGCCCUUGCCACCAGCAAAGCCCUUGUUAAGUUUGACCCGGAAAUUAUCGGUCCACGGGAUAUUAUCAAAAUUAUUGAGGAAAUUGGCUUUCAUGCUUCCCUGGCCCAGAGAAUCCCCAACGCUCAUCACUUGGACCACAAGAUGGAAAUAAAGCAGUGGAAGAAGUCUUUCCUGUGCAGCCUGGUGUUUGGCAUCCCUGUCAUGGCCUUAAUGAUCUAUAUGCUGAUACCCAGCAACCAGCCCCACCAGUCUAUGGUCCUGGACCGCAACAUCAUUCCAGGACUGUCCAUUCUAAAUCUCAUCUUCUUUAUCUUGUGCACCUUUGUCCAGGUCCUCGGCGGGUGGUACUUCUACGUUCAGGCCUACAAAUCUCUGAGACACAGGUCAGCCAACAUGGACGUGCUCAUCGUCCUGGCCACGAGCAUUGCUUACGUCUAUUCUCUGGUCAUCCUGGUGGUUGCUGUGGCCGAGAAGGCGGAGAGGAGCCCUGUGACAUUCUUCGACACGCCCCCUAUGCUCUUUGUGUUCAUUGCCCUGGGGCGGUGGCUGGAACACUUGGCAAAGAGCAAAACCUCAGAAGCCCUGGCCAAACUCAUGUCUCUCCAAGCCACAGAAGCCACCGUUGUGACCCUUGGUGAGGACAAUUUAAUCAUCAGGGAGGAGCAAGUCCCCAUGGAGCUGGUGCAGCGGGGCGAUAUCGUCAAGGUGGUCCCUGGGGGAAAGUUCCCAGUGGACGGGAAAGUCCUGGAAGGCAAUACCAUGGCUGAUGAGUCCCUCAUCACAGGAGAAGCCAUGCCAGUCACUAAGAAACCCGGAAGCACUGUAAUUGCGGGGUCUAUAAAUGCACAUGGCUCUGUGCUCAUUAAAGCCACCCAUGUAGGCAAUGACACCACUUUGGCUCAGAUUGUGAAACUGGUGGAAGAGGCUCAGAUGUCAAAGGCCCCCAUUCAGCAACUGGCUGACCGGUUUAGUGGAUAUUUUGUCCCACUUAUCAUCAUCAUGUCAACUUUGACGUUGGUGGUAUGGAUUGUAAUCGGUUUUAUCGAUUUUGGUGUUGUUCAGAAGUACUUUCCUAACCCCAACAAGCACAUCUCCCAGACAGAGGUGAUCAUCCGGUUUGCAUUCCAGACGUCCAUCACGGUGCUGUGCAUUGCCUGCCCCUGCUCCUUGGGGCUGGCCACACCCACGGCCGUCAUGGUGGGCACCGGGGUGGCCGCGCAGAAUGGCAUCCUCAUCAAGGGAGGCAAGCCCCUGGAGAUGGCGCACAAGAUAAAGACUGUGAUGUUUGACAAGACUGGCACCAUUACCCAUGGGGUCCCCAGGGUCAUGCGAGUGCUCCUACUGGGGGAUGUGGCCACCCUGCCCCUCAGGAAGGUUCUGGCUGUGGUGGGGACUGCGGAGGCCAGCAGCGAACACCCCUUGGGCGUGGCAGUCACCAAAUACUGUAAAGAGGAACUUGGAACAGAGACCUUGGGAUACUGCACGGACUUCCAGGCGGUGCCAGGCUGUGGGAUUGGGUGCAAAGUCAGCAACGUGGAAGGCAUCCUGGCCCACAGUGAGCGCCCUUUGAGUGCACCUGCCAGUCACCUGAAUGAGGCUGGCAACCUUCCCGCAGAAAAAGAUGCAGCCCCCCAGACCUUCUCUGUGCUGAUUGGAAACCGUGAAUGGCUGAGGCGCAACGGCUUAACCAUUUCCAGUGACGUCAGUGACGCUAUGACAGACCACGAGAUGAAAGGACAGACAGCCAUCCUGGUGGCUAUCGACGGUGUGCUCUGUGGGAUGAUUGCUAUCGCAGAUGCUGUCAAGCAGGAGGCCGCCCUGGCUGUGCACACGCUGCAAAGCAUGGGUGUGGACGUGGUUCUGAUCACCGGGGACAACCGGAAGACAGCCAGAGCCAUUGCCACCCAGGUUGGCAUCAACAAAGUCUUUGCAGAGGUGCUGCCUUCGCACAAGGUGGCCAAGGUCCAGGAGCUCCAGAAUGAAGGGAAGAGAGUCGCCAUGGUGGGGGAUGGGGUCAAUGACUCCCCAGCCUUGGCUCAGGCAGACAUGGGUGUCGCCAUUGGCACUGGCACGGAUGUGGCCAUCGAGGCAGCCGACGUCGUCCUCAUCAGAAAUGAUUUGCUGGAUGUGGUGGCUAGCAUUCACCUUUCCAAGAGGAUUGUCCGGAGGAUACGCAUCAACCUGGUCCUGGCACUGAUUUAUAACCUGGUUGGGAUACCCAUCGCGGCAGGUGUCUUCAUGCCCAUCGGCAUUGUGCUGCAGCCCUGGAUGGGCUCAGCGGCCAUGGCUGCCUCCUCUGUGUCUGUGGUGCUGUCAUCCCUGCAGCUCAAGUGCUAUAAGAAGCCUGACCUGGAGAGGUAUGAGGCACAGGCGCAUGGCCACAUGAAGCCCCUGACAGCAUCCCAGGUCAGUGUGCACAUCGGCAUGGAUGACAGACGGCGGGACUCCCCCAGGGCCACACCAUGGGACCAGGUCAGCUAUGUCAGCCAGGUGUCGCUGUCCUCCCUGACAUCCGACAAGCCAUCUCGGCACAGCACUGCAGCGGACGAUGGUGGGGACAAGUGGUCUCUGCUCCUGAAUGACAGGGAUGAGGAGCAGUACAUCUGAUGGCACCAGGCAGGCGGGCCAGGGCAGGGCCUUGCCUCCACUCGCCACAAGCUGAGCGGGACAGCCAGCAGCAGGAUGGGCUGAGCUAGCCUCCAGCUUUGGGGACUUCCACUCCCUGGAUAUGUCCAGUCAUCCUGCCCUGCAGCACGUGGCCUUGUCUGAGUGCAACUGGCCUUGCCCUAGAGAAGACGGCCUGGCCUGCCUCUUGGCGUCACUGAACCGUCAGGAUGGGCUUUGUCUUGGACUCUAGUCCUUGGCUGUACUGUAGAAGGUGAGAGGCGAGUCACCCUCCUCACAAACCUCCGCUUGGAGUAUUUAGGAUGACUGCUAUGAAAUGGAGAACAGUUUCAUCAGGACCAAAAAACCUCACUGGGCCUUUCCAGAGAACGGCAGACCUCACUGUCAGGCUCUUUCUGAUGACGCCUGUCUGUGUGCAUCAUGUUUCUGAGACCACAGUUUACCUCAGGUGUGCCUGCUGCUUUCUUCCUGCACAGUCUGUUCCUUUUCUCUUCUGUGUGCUUGUCCGUGGGGACCCCUUGGAACCCUGCCUGUCUCCUAGGAGGGCGAGACCAAUGUCUUUGUGGUCCUUGCUGCUGCUCUCAGGCGCUUCUCCAGUGCUCUAGAGUGUGCAUUUCAGCUUGAACCUGCUUCCUGGCUCGCACAUCCCCAGCCAGGGAGCUUGCCACACUAUUCUUCAGGUCCAGGAGAGGUCUUUUUUUGUUUGAAGCCCCCUUCUCCAUGGAGUGGGGGCUUCUCAGUAGAGUGUUGUUGCUGACCAGCUGACCUGAGAGUUCAGACUUGGCUUCCUGUGGGGUCUAGGUUCUCGCAAUUCAGGACAUCCUUCCAUAUUCCUGCCCAGCCUGUGGUGCUCAAAACGUUUGUCCCAUGGGAGACAUGUGUGUGCAGGAGCCUCCCUGCAUGGCCCCAGGAGCUUCGUUUUCAGUCUUCUGUGUGACUGUCACCUCACGGGGUUCAAUAGAGAAUUCACGUCACUAGCACCUGGCCUUGUGUGGCUUGGAGAUUAGGUACUGCCCAAAUAGGAGGAAAGCACAGCCUCCUUGAGCCUGCCUUCUGCACGCACAGGGGCUUCAGGAAAGGAGUGGCCACAGCAUCCCGAAGGGAGCAUCUGUUUACCUGGCCGUGGCUCUCAGAGCAGCAGAAGGGGUCCAGUUUUAGACUCUGAAGUUGGUUGUGAUUGACAGAACCCCUUGGGAGCAAACUAGUAGAUGUUGGAUUAAAUUCUGGGUGAAACCCUUUUCUCCCACACAAAAUAGUUUUAGUGACUUUUUUCAGUGUCCAUUACUUGCCAGGGGCAGUUUUAGCAGCACUUUCGAUAGAUUACCUCUAAUCUUCCCAACCAACCAACAAGGUAGCUAUUACUGUCCGCAUUUUACAGGCAAGGAAACAGGCUCCAAGAGGCUGAGGACUUUGCCCAGGAUGACAUAGCCAGUGGACAAGCCGUGUCUGUCAGCUGUGAAGGCUUCACUCUAAUUGUCCUUCUACCUUGAAUAGAAGUUUUCCUGAUAAGAAUAAACAAGGAAAAGGUCCUUGCCUCCUGGAAGAACGAAUCUACCAGGUGAUCUAUUCAUUGUUUCAACUCAGAAUGCAGUUCAUUCAGGAGGUCAUCUGACCUUCACCUUGGAUGGUUAGUUUCACUUUUUACAUAUAGUUUUUGCAGGGUUUUAUUUUAUAAAAUCCAACCGCCCCAGUGAUUGUGUUUUCAUUGUUUUCAGCCCGCCAACUCCAGCCCGCAGCACAUUUCCGCUGUCCGUCAGUAACUGCGUCCUCUCUUUAUGCUUGCUUGGGGAAUGUUGUUUUCUGACUCGGCUGAUCAUUAUCUAAAGAAUCUAAUUCUGUUGAUUUUUAAAACUUUUAGGACCAUAAACGUGUUCCUAUAUGGACAUGGAAAUAUUUAUAUAAUUUUAUAGAAAUAACCUUUUAGAUGGUCAAAGUGUAAGGAAUUUUUUUGUCAGAUAACCAUUUCUACUUCAAAAACAUUUCAUGCAAUAUUAGAAUAAAGUUCUUGUCAUUCCUCU